CCCGGGCGGGCGGGCGGCGGCAGCCCGGAGGCGGAGGCUGUAGCGGGGAGGCGGCGGCGGCUGCGUCCCCGGAGCGGCGCGGACCAUGCUGCUGGACGCCGGCCCGCAGUUCCCGGCCCUCGGAGUGGGCACCUUCGCCCGGCACCACCACUCGGCCGCGGCGGAGAUGCAGGACCGGGAGCUGAGCCUGGCGGCGCAGAACAGCUUCGUGGACUCGGCGGCGGCGCACAUGGGCGCCUUCAAGCUCAACGCCGGCGCCCACGACCUCUCCCCCGGGCAGAGCUCGGCGUUCACCUCGCAGGCGCCCGGUUACCCUGCCGCCGCCCUGGGCCCCCACGCCGCUCAUGUCGGCUCCUACUCCGGGGCGCCCUUCAACUCUACCCGGGACUUCUUGUUUCGCAGCCGGGGCUUCGGGGACUCGUCGCCGGCCGGCGGACAGCACGGCAUCUUCGGCCCUGCGGCCGGCAGCCUGCACCACCCGCACACGGACGCUCAGAGCCACCUCCUCUUCCCGGGCAUCCACGACCAGCACGGUCCCCACGCUUCCCAAAAUGUUCUCAACGGGCAGAUGCGACUGGGCUUGCCGGGGGAGGUAUUCGCCCGGUCGGAUCAGUACCGCCAGGUUUCCAGCCCCAGGACUGACCCUUACUCGGCGGCUCAGCUGCACAACCAGUACGGCCCCAUGAAUAUGAAUAUGGGCAUGAACAUGGCAGCCCACCACCACCACCACCCAGGUGCCUUUUUCCGCUACAUGCGGCAGCAGUGCAUCAAGCAAGAGCUCAUCUGCAAGUGGAUCGAUCCCGAACAGCUGAACAACCCCAAAAAAAGUUGCAAUAAAACUUUCAGCACCAUGCACGAGUUGGUCACCCAUGUCUCGGUGGAGCAUGUUGGGGGACCCGAGCAGAGCAACCAUGUCUGCUACUGGGAGGAGUGUCCCCGCGAAGGCAAACCUUUCAAAGCGAAAUACAAACUGGUCAAUCAUAUCCGAGUGCACACGGGAGAGAAACCCUUCCCCUGCCCCUUCCCUGGCUGCGGAAAAGUUUUCGCCAGAUCAGAAAAUCUCAAAAUUCACAAAAGGACGCACACAGGGGAGAAGCCCUUCCAGUGCGAGUUCGAGGGCUGCGACCGGCGCUUCGCCAACAGCAGCGACCGCAAGAAGCACAUGCACGUCCACACCUCGGACAAGCCCUACCUGUGCAAGAUGUGCGACAAGUCCUACACGCACCCCAGCUCCCUGCGGAAGCACAUGAAGGUGCACGAGUCGUCCCCGCAAGGCUCCGAAUCCUCCCCGGCCGCCAGCUCCGGCUACGAGUCCUCCACCCCGCCGGGGCUGGUGUCCCCUAGCGCCGAGUCGCAGAGCACCAACAACCUGUCCCCUGCGGCGGCCACAGCGGCCUUUCGUCCAACUUCAACGAGUGGUACGUGUAGGGCCCCGCCGGACUGCUCUGCACGGCCCCGCCGCGCCCUGCCCGCCCCGGCGGCGGCGGUGGCGGUGGCGGCGGGCACGAGGGACCGAGCGAGCCCGCCGGAGACGCGCCGGGAGAGGCCGCCGCACCCGCCGGCAGCGAAAUGACGGCCGAGCAGGAUGGGGACAGGG